GACGUCAUUCCUUUAUUGUUGGCCGGACACGAUCAUCGAAACGUCAGCCGCACUCGCGCUUUCGGUCUGUUAAUUUGGUUGUCGAUCCUUUUACAGUUCCGAACCCGGCGCCAGGCUCCCGCCGCUACGCUCUCCAGCCAACUAGCUCUCCAGUCAGCCCGACCGACCGACCGCCCGCCCGCCGACGGGAUCCGAACACGCCCGAGUCUCCACUCGGUCGGAUCCGCCCCGAGCCCGCAACCUCCCAUUUGCUGCCGUCCGCCCGCGAGCUGCCAGGCCACGACCGCGUUCGCAGCCAUGGGCAUGAGCAUGUCGAUCUUGUUCGCCCGGCUGUUCGGAAAGAAGCAGAUGCGGAUCUUGAUGGUGGGACUUGAUGCUGCUGGGAAAACUACAAUCCUGUACAAACUAAAGCUGGGUGAGGUCGUCACCACCAUUCCAACAAUAGGAUUUAAUGUGGAAACUGUAGAGUACAAGAAUAUUUGUUUCACUGUGUGGGAUGUUGGGGGUCAGGAUAAAAUCCGUCCAUUGUGGAGACAUUACUUCCAAAACACACAGGGUCUAAUCUUUGUCGUGGACAGCAAUGAUCGAGAAAGAGUGCAGGAGUCAUUAGAUGAACUACAGAAAAUGCUGCAAGAGGAUGAGCUAAGGGAUGCAGUAUUGCUGAUAUUUGCGAACAAGCAGGAUUUGCCAAAUGCUCUGGGCGUUACAGAGCUUUCCGAGAAACUGGGAUUACAACGUAUGAGCGGCAGAACUUGGCACAUUCAGGCAACAUGUGCUACCCAAGGUAGUGGUCUAUAUGAGGGACUGGAUUGGUUGUCCAGCGAGCUGCACAAACAGUAGAAGAAUGACAUGAAUGAUCUCGCCUGCAUUGGUGUGACAACUGCGAGGAUGUGAAUUCAAAGACUUUUAACACCGUUUUUUUUCCCCCCCCCCCUUUUCAUUCUAUACUGUUAUUUUGCAUUUCAUCAUCUUUUAUUUGUCAGCUCUUUAUGAUGCAUGGUUUUUUUAAAGUUUAUUAAUGGUUUGAGGAUUAUCCAUUCAUUCAACAAUGCAUGGAUGUUCCUUGCAGGACCAUUUUGAGGAGUAACAGCACAAGUUGCCUCUUAGUAGCAAGUUGGAACUUGUGUUUGUGACGAAGAGAAUUCUGUAACCAGCUUCCAACUACAAUAGAUUCCCAUUUGCAAUUCUAAGUACAUAUGUACCCAAAUAACUGGAUGAAUCGCUUCAACAGUAUCCCACAGAGCUUGUUUAAUCUUCUGAUUUUGGACCAUAGAGUAUUUUAAAUGGUUGCUUGUUGCACAAUGAUGCCCCCUCCCCUCUUCAGAGUUCCACAACUAUCAAUCUUUUUACUGUAUGUGGAUUCCAGAAAAAUUGGUUUUGCAGAUGUUUGCUUUUUUGGCUGCAGGUGCCGUCGUGAGCAUGGCUGCAUUGUUUCAGAUUUAGAAAAUGUCUGGACACGUGAAGCCUCGUUCAGUCACCAGCUAACCUGUAACUUGUAGAAUGAGUUUUUAAUCUUCAAUUGUGAAGAGUACCAGUUAUAAGAUGAACAGAUACAUGAGCAAUCGUAGCUUAACUGCAGCAAUCAGGUGUUGACUGGAUAAACUAACUUUCUUUUCAUUAACUUUACCCUGCGUUAAAGAGCUUUUAAUCUUCAAUGUGUCAAGUUGCCCUAUUUUGAUGGUUAGGUCAUGUCUCCCCUGCCCAGUAUAUUUCUCCAGUACAGGAUAACAGUGCUGGCAUUUUCUCCUCAGUGGAACAUGGGGCCACUGCUGUGAGUUGUGGGUCAAUAUCACUGUUAAGUUAGUGCAGAUCUUGGUAGGAAAUGCUUUUUGAAUGGAGGUAUCUCUCUUAAAAUUACAAGAAUUUAUAUACUUGAUGGCUGUGCAUUUAUUUUCUCUACAAUUUAGGAAUAAACAAUGAGGUUACAAAGGGCACUGGUUUGCUGUUUUAAUGGCUUGUGAGUAAAUCAUAUUUUCCACAGUAGUAUAGGGAAAACUUGAUUAAUAAUUGUGCCUCUUUGAGACAUGUAUGUGUGUGUAUAUAUAUAAUAUAUAUAUAUAUGUGUGUGUAUAUAUAUAUUUUAUAUAUAUAUAUAUAUAUAUAGUUUAAAAAUACAGCCAAAUCUUAAAUUGUAUGCAUGGAGCAUUUACCUCAUUCUGCCAUGGUAUGUAUUUGUGCUUAUGUAAAAAUUAUGGGAAGCCCUUCUGAAAUUCCCCUUGUGUUAAUGUAAUGUUCUUUUGGUUAUGUAAACACUUUGAGCAUUAGCUGCUGUAAACACAUCUGCAAAGGUAUUGCGUUCCCUGUGGAAACUGUGAUCCUGAUAACUGGCAUUAAUCUAAACAAUAAAUCAGUGAGCUGAGACAAACCAUACUGAAAUUGCUGAGGCAUAGUACCUUUCCUGAAACUGAUUUAAUCUUAAUAAAGGCCUUUUCAGAAACAUUCCCUAACAUUUUGCGCAUGAAUUGUGCUUUCACACACUUUUUUUAAAGAACCAGUUUAAGCCUAUUGUGAGUUUCUGACAUGAUGGGCAACGUGGUUGUUGAUGGUCUGGGAAAUAGCUUUCACAAUGUUUGUGAGGGGGAAACAUUAGCUUUGGGCAAUGAGGGGCCUGUAAUUGGGGCAGAGUUACAAUCUAGGUGGAUGAUCUAGUAGGUGCUUUUUUUAAAUGGAGGCGGUGGAGUGGUAGUGAGAAAGGACUGCAGUUCUGGAGCUUAAAUAUUUGGCCUAGAGAAUACAAACCUUAUUGCUCAAUUCAGUUUUUCUCUCCUCUAAAGAGUAGGGUUGAGGACCCUGGUUAGGUGGAAGAUCAGGAGCCAGCAAGAACCAACUGUAGUGUUCGAUGAUAAUGACUCUAUGUCCUCUAAUGUGCUCAAUAGAAGUUUCAGAUUUAAAUGGAACAGCCAACAGUUGCCACAUGCAGAAGUGAUCAAAAUUCUGAUGAAAGAUUGUAAAUCUGAAAGAUUUUCAAUUACCCUUUUCACAGAUGCUAACUAUUUCUAGUGUUUUGUAUAUUUUAGACUUUCAGCAGGUGCAGAUAUUUUGCAUUUCAAUCACCCAUAGAAGACUUGGCUUUAAUUUUUAGCGUAUGAUCCUCUGUCCUAGAGCAAUGGAAAUAUGUAUUUACCGUCAAUCCUCUUAAACAUCAAAUUAUCACAAUUGUAUCAAUUCCAAUUAUUACGAUCAUGGUUUGUACAAUUACAAUCUCUCCCUGUAAUUCAACACUUACAAGAAGGAUACCUGGACGCCUGUGUUUUAAAAUACAAGCUGUCCAAAGUUGCUCCUUGCAUUCCCAUUAUGGUCAACCCAAAUAAAUCUUUGUGUUCAUAUUCUGUAAUAUUCUGAUUUUGCAGUCCUCUAGAAAUGAAGGUCAACAUUUCAUUAGUUUUUAUUUUUUGUACAUUUUAAUGUGUAUGAUCUAUAAAUCUCUUUAGACCUCCAACGUGACUUUCAUGAUUUAACAAAUACCCUGUUCUACUUUUAAAUCUAAACUGGAUUAAUUCCCAUUUGUCUCCAUUGAAAGGCAUUUUCUAGUUUGCCUAUUUAAUCAACAUUUGUAUUUAACACUACCAUUUACAAUACCAUCUAUCUUUGUCAACAGCACAUUUGGAUGUGUACCUUUAUCUGAAGUAUAGAUCAUUGCGAGACACGAGUCACCCUGCCCCCUAUUCAAAUUAUUGAUUUGAUUAUUCAAAUAGAUUGCUUUCAUUGCAAUAAAAGCAAACAUUUUCUUGGGCUUUUAA